ACCGGGUAGUUCAGCGCUCCCGCGAUUCUCGAAACUUGACUGUCAGUCUCUUCGUACAUUGCACAGGAGAAUUGGACUGACUAGUGUGUGCUAUUUUGAGCCGUCCUCUAUUCCUAUAUCUUUCGGAACUGUUGUUGUUGACAUUCAACACUGAAUUGAACUUGUAGGUCGUCGUUAAAGACUGUCCACCAGGGAUGUUCGACCUAACGAAGGAAUGGAAUCUGUCGUUUGCCGGCUGCGGGUUCCUGGGGAUCUAUCACAUCGGAGUGGCCAGCUGCCUGUUGGAACAAGCGCCUUACCUUAUCAAAGGAGCAACCAAGAUCUACGGGGCUUCGGCCGGUGCCCUCUCCGCCUCGAUGCUCGCCAGCCAAGCAUCCAUAGCUAGGUGCUGUGAGGAUGUGAUCGAGACGGUCAAGGAGGCCCGGAAGCGUAACCUGGGUCCCCUCCACCCCUCAUUCAACCCGCUCAAGAUCAUCAGGUUGGGCCUGGAGCGCGACCUGCCCGCCGAUGCACACACACUCGCCUCCGGGAGGCUGUGUGUGUCACUCACUCGCGUGUCUGAUGGACAAAAUGUCAUCGUGUCCGAGUUCAAGUCCAAGGAGGAGCUCAUCCAGGCGCUGCUGUGCAGCUGUUUCAUCCCCAUAUACUGUGGCCUGAUCCCCCCAUCCUUCCAAGGAGUGCGUUAUGUGGAUGGGGGGAUCAGUGACAACCUUCCACAGUCAGUGCUGAAGAACACCAUCAGCAUCUCGCCGUUCUCUGGCGAAAGCGACAUCUGUCCCCGGGACACCUCCUUCAACUUCCACGAGCUUCGUCUCAACAACACCUCCAUCCGGUUGAACCUGGGCAACAUGUACCGCCUCAGCAAGGCCCUGUUCCCCCCAGAACCCAAGGUCAUGGCAGAGAUAUGUGAGAGUGGCUACAAGGACGCCCUUCGCUUUCUUGAGGAGAACCAUCUGCUGAAGCUGGAGUGUCCGACAGCCGGCCCCAACCCAUCAGAAGCCACCUGCUGCUGCAAACCCAUCGCCAUGGAAACCACUAAGAACUGGAUGUUCUGGCGGGUCAGCCUCCUGAGAAAGCAACACUGGUGGUUGGAUGAGCAGAGUGUUGACAAACUGCCUACCGAAAUCAAGAAAGUGUUCUGUGAGGCGUGCCAGCAGAAGCCUGGUCUGUAUACUCAGGUGUCCGAGAUGCUGCCGGUCAGAGUGGCCUCCUACAUGCUCCUGCCCUGCACACUACCUGUGGUGUCAGCCUACACAGUGGGCAAGAGGUUUGUGGAGUGGAUCCCAGAGCUGCCUGCAGACAUAAGUUGGCUAGCUGGGGUGGCUGGGGAUGUGGCUGGGAGCGUGUACAGACAGGCCUGGAAAGGAGCACCAGCAGACAUAACCAGUGAUGGUUCCCUGAGGAAUUGCAUGAGCCUGCCGCCACCCCUGGAUAGUGACGGACAAAGGGAGAGAGACUGUAACCUCGCCGGGUUCGCUCUCUCUGCUCUCAACUUCCAAAGCCACUACUGGAACAUCCUCAGCCCCCACACGCCCAGCCCUUCCCCACGACAGAUCUGCUUCAGUGUUCAUUUUGGCACACUUUUUUAGAUUUAUUCUAGUCUUAGUCAUUUUGACUAAAAUAUCAUUAAGUCUCAUUUUUGUGAUUUUAAUAAUGAUUUAGUCAUUGAUAAAAUGACAAAAACAGUGAGCCAUUUUAGUCAACUAAAUGCCCUUUCCUUUUAGUCAUAUUUUAGUCACAUCACAUUUGUAUUGCCUCAUUAGCCACGAUUCCAUCCACAGUUUUUAUGGGAGUAAAGUCAUAUCAAAGAUUUGUAUAACUAUCCCAAGAUAGACCAUAACUACAGAGAUGGUAGGCUAUUCAAGAAAUAAGUUGUUUCAUCUCACAUGUCCAAGCAGGAAUGCAUGAUUCCAGAUACAAUAUUUUGAUGUGCAACCUAAUCCAGUGAUUGUCAUGAAUUGAGUUGACAAUAGGGUUUUGUUAUAAUUUUACUGUUAAAAUAGGGCUCCUGAAUUUUCUGAUUUUAUUUCAAUAGAGAGGAAUUUGCUUAAUUCUGUAUGUGCACUAAUAUCAUAGGCUAAUUUAUUUGGGGGCUUAUACACCACGAGGAAGUGAAAACUCAAAACACAUUAGCCAGAUCGCUAACACUAAAUAUAAUACCCACUGCUAGUAACGUUAGUCAUGUAUUAAUCUACAAGUAAAUGUAAUGUCCUACUUUUUUUUUGCUGUUGUAGCCCUGCUACCCUAUGCACUCGCAAUGGAUCAUGCACAAUUGCGCAUUUCGCGGGCUUCGUAUCUUAAAGCCAUAUUAAAUAUCUUCAUUGUAAAAUAGUUGUUAUCGAGCUCAAUAUUAAGAGAUGACCAAAAUAAAGUAUACCCACAGAAAUCUGAGAACAGUAGUUGCUUCUAAAGCUGUGUAUCCCACAAUUUGAUUUUUAAAUGUUAUAUUGAAAUGUUAUACAAUCAAGAAGCCUUUUUUCUCUCUCCCGGAGUGCACAUCAAGUGGCUUGCUCAUCACAGCAGCAGGCCCCAGUGGAACAGGCCCAGGGGCUGGGCAGAUACUUUCAUUACAGGAAUCAUGAGGAUAAUAAUGCACUUUACUGUUUGACCAAAUCAUGGUUUUAGCCACCUCAAAAAUAGGACGUUUUGAAACUUUUGAGUGAGGUGACCAUGUAAUGAAUGUUCAGCUUGCACACGACCAAUUACAAAUUUAACUCACACAGCCAAGUCAAAGGGUUGCAAAAUGCCAUUAAAUGGUUGCAGUUUGGAGCAAUGCCCCUUGACAUACUGUAGCUAUAUUGUAAUCAAAGUUGUGUCAUAAGUAGUGGUCUGAUACUGUAGGUUGCAGCAAACUACAAGCUAGCAUUAUCAAUCGGUUAUUAGCCUAUCUGAGCGUCAGAGGAGACUGGUGGGAGGAGCUAUAGGAGGAUGGGCUCAUUGUAAUGGCUGGAAUGGAAUAAAUGGAAAAUAUCAAACAUAUGGAAACCACAUGUACCAGCUCAAGUUCCCUCCCACGGGGCCUGUUUAUAGUGUAUAGGAACUGAAAGGUGAUUUAAGAUGGGCAAAAGAUGGUCAUGUGAUCGAAUAGCUUUGGGAUCCAAAACUGUUGCUAUAGACACACUAAUGACUCAAUCAUGUAUUUUGAUCACUCCACCAAUCAUAUUUUAUUCUAUUGUACACAUUGGAAAACAAUGUACCAGCUCACCACCAAAGACCUCUGCAAGUGAAUUCUUUUUGGAAUUACCAGAUAAGUUUUACCAGAUAACAUGUUGUCACUAUCUACCUACCUACCUGUGUUCAGUCAAAUGUAGCAUUCAUUCCUCAUUCCAGACGGACUGUUGAUAUGACUUGACGUUGACUUCUUGACUAUGAGCUGUGCAGUGUUAUUUUGUUUGUAUUAGACAGGACUGAACUAUGAACUACUGUGAUGAGCUGUGAUGUCAAGAAAUGUGAAAUCGCAAUAUUCUUGAAAGUUCCUUUCAGAACUUCUCUCAAUGUUGAUCAUUGUUUUUGCACAAUAACUUUACGUGUAUAGGAUUCACAAUUUUAAUGGCAUAAUCAAAUGUCAAAUUUAAGUUAUCAAACUGCCCCAUUUAUAGUAGGCUACAUACUGUACUUAUAUUUGUAACGUGUGUAACACGGAAAACCUCUGCCUACCUGUGCCUAGGACGGCAGGUAUCCUAGUGGUUAAAGUGUUGGGCCAGCAAACGAAAAGUUGCUGGUUCAAAUACCUGAGCCGAGAAAGUGAAAAACCUGUUGAACUUAAUCCUAUUUUGCUCCAGGGGCUCCGUACUACUAUGUCUAACCCUGUAAAACAACACAUUUCACUGCACCUAUACGGUGUAUGUGACAAUAAAACAUUUUUUAAAAUAUA